GAGGGUGGGGGGCAGAUGGAGAGGGAGCGGUUAAAAUGUGCACUGGCCCAGGACUCUGACUGCAAUUGGAAAGUUCUAGGGGAGGGGCUCGUCUCCCCUCCCCACUGGAACCUUCAACUGCCGAGCAAGUUAGCCAGCAGCAUGCUCUACUCCCCAGAGCAGACCAUUUUUUCUGAGAAGGGAAUGGUGGUGAGCAUCAACCAGAGCCGACUCCAGGCCAAGGGCGUGGGCCAACACAACAAUGCCAACAACUACAAAAACCAGAACUUUGAGGAACUGCGAGCAGCCUGUCUGCGGAACGGGAAGCUGUUCGAGGACCCCCUAUUCUGUGCAGAGCCCAGUUCGCUGGGCUUUAAGGAACUGGGCCCCAGCUCCAAAAACAUGCAGAACAUCUGCUGGAAGCGACCCAAGGAAAUCACACACAAUCCUCAGUUCAUCGUGGAUGGGAUUUCUCCGACAGACAUCUGCCAGGGCAUACUUGGGGACUGCUGGCUGCUGGCGGCCAUUGCCUCCCUCACCACAUACCCCAAACUGCUGCACCGUGUGGUGCCCAAGGGACAGAGCUUCAAGAAGAACUACGCUGGCAUCUUCCACUUCCAGAUUUGGCAGUUCGGGCAGUGGGUGGAUGUGGUGGUGGACGACCGGCUGCCCACCAAGAACGACAAGCUGCUGUUCGUGCACUCAUCAGAGCGAAAUGAGUUCUGGGGCGCCCUGCUGGAGAAGGCCUAUGCCAAGUUGAGCGGGUCCUAUGAAGCGCUGUCAGGGGGCAACACGAUGGAGGGCUUCGAGGACUUCACAGGGGGUGUGUCUGAGAGCUUCCAGCUCCAGAAGCCGCCUCAGAACCUGCGGAGGAUGCUGAGAAAGGCCGUGGAGCGGUCCUCCCUCAUGGGCUGCUCCAUUGAAGUCGUCAGCCAAAGUGACAUGGAAUCCAUGACCCAGAAGAUGCUGGUGAGAGGACAUGCCUACUCAGUCACUGGCCUUAAGGAUGUCCCCUACAGAGGCAGGAUGGAAACACUGAUACAGGUCCGGAACCCCUGGGGCCGGAUUGAGUGGAUUGGAGCCUGGAGUGAUAAUGCCAGGGAGUGGGAAGAGGUGACCCCAGACAUCCAGAAGCAGCUGCUGUCCAGGAAGGAGGAUGGAGAGUUCUGGAUGUCCUACCAAGAUUUCCUGGACAACUUCACGCUCCUGGAGAUCUGCAACCUCACGCCCGACGCCCUUGCUGGGGACAGUAAGAGUUACUGGCACACCACCUUCUACGAGGGCAGCUGGCGGAGGGGCAGCACCGCAGGGGGCUGCAGGAACUACCUCGACACGUUCUGGACCAACCCUCAGUUUAAGAUCUGUCUCCCUGAGGAGGACGACCCAGAGAAUGACGCAGAGGACAACUCCAUCGUCUGCACCUGCUUGGUGGCCCUGAUGCAGAAGAACUGGCGGCAUGACCGGCCACAGGGAGCCCAGCUGCAGACCAUCGGCUUUGUCGUCUACUCCGUCCCAAAGGAGUUUCAGAACAUCCAGGAUAUCCACUUGAAGAAGGACUUCUUCGUGAAGUACCAGGACCAUGGCUUCUCCGAGAUCUUCACCAACUCCCGCGAGGUGAGCAGCCAGCUCCGGCUGCCUCCAGGGGAGUACAUCAUCAUUCCUUCCACCUUCGAACCUCACAGAGACUCCGACUUCUUGCUUCGCGUCUUCACCGAGAAGCACAGCGAGUCCUGGGAACUGGAUAACAUCAACUAUGCUGAGCAACUCCAAGAGGAGACCUUCUCUGAGAACGACAUGGACCAGGACUUCAUACACCUAUUUGAGAUAGUUGCAGGAAAGGACAAGGAGGUCGGCAUGUAUGACCUCCAAAGGCUGCUCAACAGGAUGGUCGUCAAACUCAAGCACCUCAAAACCAAGGGCUUCGGCCUGGACGCUUGCCGCUGUAUGGUCAACCUCAUGGAUAGAGACGGCUCUGGCAAGCUGGGGCUUCUGGAGUUCCAGAUCCUGUGGAAAAAAAUCAAGAAGUGGACGGACAUCUUCCGCGAGAGCGACCAGGACCACUCGGGCUCCUUGAACUCCUAUGAGAUGCGCUUGGCCAUCGAGAAAGCAGGCAUCAAGGUGAACAACAAGGUGAUGCAGGUGCUGGUGGCCCGCUAUGCAGACGAUGACAUGAUCAUUGACUUCGACAGCUUCGUCACCUGUUUCCUGAGGCUGAAGGCCAUGUUCACAUUCUUUCUGACCAAGGACCCCGAGAAUACCGGCCAUAUUCGCUUGAACAUGGAACAGUGGCUGCAGAUAAUCAUGUGGGGAUAGAGGCACCACAGGAGCCUGGCUCCCUGCCACCCUGCCAUGGAGGGCGGGGUGCCCCUGUAGCCCUCACUUCUCCGGUCUCUGCUGAUGGGAUGGGCUCCAGAUGGCCGUGCCUGGGCCCUAAAUGCCAUGUGCACUCAGUAGAGGGACCUCUAUGGCCGCCUUCCCAGCUCGGAGGGCUUAUCGUUUUCCCCAGCCAGGCCUCUGCUGGCCGGGUGCACUCCACGGUCUGUCUCUAAGUCUAUCAUAGUGAUUAAGAGAUGCUUCCUGGGUGGCCCCUGGCUGGGUAGGCCAAGAAGAGGGACAGGGCUUGUAGCCACUUGGUACCCCCAGCCUUCUGUCCUGCUCGCACCUGCCUGCUGAGCACCCCCUGGCAUGGCCUCUCUCCUCUCCCUCCAGUGCUGACGCUCCUGUAAUAAACAGCACGUACC